AUGGAUUUCCGCGCCAACCUGCAGCGGCAAGUGAAGCCAAAGACUGUGUCAGAGGAAGAGAGGAAGGUGCAUAGCCCCCAGCAGGUGGACUUCCGCUCAGUCCUGGCCAAGAAGGGGACAUCCAAGACCCCAGUGCCUGAGAAGGUGCCACCUCCAAAAUCUACCACCCCAGAUUUCCGUUCAGUACUGGGCAGCAAGAAGAAGUUACCAGCAGAGAAUGGUAAUACCAGUGCUGAAACCUUGAAUGCCAAAGGAGUGGAGAGCCCCAAGGCAGUGAGCAAUGCACAGCCUUCAGAGUCCCUGAAACCCAUGGGUAACACCAAGCCAGCCGAGACCCUGAAACCUGUGGGCAAUGCCAAGCCAGCAGAGACCCUGAAACCUGUGGGCAAUGUCAAACCAGCAGAGACCCUGAAACCUGUGGGCAAUGUCAAACCCGCAGAGACCCUGAAGCCUAUGGCCAAUGCCAAGCCAGGUGAGACCCUGAAGCCUGUGGCCAAUGCCAAGCCAGGUGAGACCCUGAAGCCUGUGGCCAAUGCCAAACCAGCCGAGACCCUGAAACCUGUGGGCAACCUCAAGCCAGCUGAGAUCCUGAAACCUGUGGGCAACGCCAAGCCAUCAGAGACCCUGAAACCUGUGGGCAACCUCAAGCCAGCCGAGACUCUGAAACCUGUCGGCAACGCCAAACCAGCUGAGACCCUGAAACCUGUAAGCAAUGCCAAGCCAGCCGAGACCCUAAAACCCAUAGGCAAUGCCAAGCCUGCUGAGACCCUGAAACCUAUGGGCAAUGCCAAGCCUGUUGAGACCCUGAAACCUCUAGGCAAUGCCAAGCCAGCUGAGACCCCAAUACCAGCUGGGAAAGGAGAAUGCAAGGAGGAGGUUAAAAAUGAUGUGAACUGCAAGAAGGGGCAUGCAGGAGUCCCAGAUAAUGAAAAAAGAUCAGAAAGCCAAGGGACACCUCCAACCUUCAAGGAGAAGCUACAAGAUGUCCAUGUGGCAGAGGGCAAGAAGCUGCUACUCCAGUGUCAGGUGUCCUCUGACCCACCAGCCACCAUCACCUGGACACUGAAUGGAAAGACUCUCAAGACCACCAAGUUCAUCAUCCUCUCCCAAGAAGGCUCAUUAUGUUCUGUCUCCAUCGAGAAGGCUCUGCCUGAGGAUAGAGGCUUGUACAAGUGUGUGGCCAAGAACAGUGCCGGCCAGGCUGAGUGCUCCUGCCAAGUCACCGUGGACGAUGCUCCUGCCAGUGAGAAUGCCAAGGCCCCGGAGAUGAAAUCCCGUAGAUCCAAGGGCUCUCUUCCCAUCGUGCUAGGAACAGAGAGUGAUGCAACUGUGAAGAAGAAACCAGCCCCCAAGACACCUCCGAAGGCAGCUAUGCCCCCUCAGAUCAUCCAGUUCCCAGAAGACCAAAAGGUGCGUGCUGGAGAGUCCGUGGAGCUCUUUGGCAAAGUGGCAGGCACUCAGCCCAUCACCUGUACCUGGAUGAAGUUCCGAAAGAAGAUCCAGGAGAGUGAGCACAUCAAGGUGGAGAACAGCGAGAAUGGCAGCAAGCUCACCAUCCUGGCUGCACAUCAGGAGCACUGCGGCUGCUACACACUGCUGGUGGAGAACAAGCUGGGCUGCAGGCAGGCCCAGGUCAACCUCACGGUGGUGGAUAAGCCAGACCCCCCAGCUGGCACACCUUGCGCCUCUGAUAUCCGGAGCUCCUCGCUGACCCUGUCCUGGUACGGCUCCUCAUAUGAUGGGGGAAGUGCCGUACAGUCCUACAGUGUUGAGAUCUGGGACUCGGUGGACAAGAUGUGGAAGGACCUGGCCACAUGCCGCAGCACCUCUUUUAACGUCCAGGACCUGUUGCCUGACCGCGAGUAUAAAUUCCGUGUGCGGGCAAUCAAUGUGUAUGGAACCAGUGAGCCAAGUCAGGAGUCUGAACUCACAACAGUGGGAGAGAAACCCGAAGAGCCAAAGGACGAAGUGGAGGUGUCAGAUGAUGAUGAGAAGGAGCCAGAGGUGGAUUACCGGACAGUGACGGUCAAUACCGAACAAAAAGUGUCUGACUUCUAUGACAUCGAGGAGAGACUAGGAUCUGGGAAAUUUGGGCAGGUGUUUCGACUUGUAGAGAAGAAAACUGGAAAAAUCUGGGCAGGGAAAUUCUUCAAGGCGUAUUCGGCAAAAGAGAAAGAGAAUAUCCGGGAGGAGAUCAGCAUCAUGAACUGCCUACAUCACCCCAAGCUGGUCCAGUGUGUGGAUGCCUUUGAAGAAAAGGCCAACAUCGUCAUGGUCCUGGAGAUCGUGUCGGGGGGUGAGCUGUUUGAGCGCAUCAUCGACGAGGACUUUGAGCUGACGGAGCGCGAGUGCAUCAAGUACAUGAAGCAGAUCUCAGAGGGGGUGGAGUACAUCCACAAGCAGGGCAUCGUCCACCUGGACCUCAAGCCCGAGAACAUCAUGUGUGUCAACAAGACGGGCACUAGGAUCAAGCUCAUUGACUUCGGUCUGGCGAGGAGGCUGGAGAAUGCGGGGUCUCUGAAAGUCCUCUUUGGCACCCCUGAGUUUGUGGCUCCAGAAGUGAUCAACUAUGAGCCCAUUGGCUACGCCACGGACAUGUGGAGCAUCGGGGUCAUCUGCUAUAUCCUGGUCAGUGGACUUUCCCCCUUCAUGGGUGACAAUGAUAAUGAAACCUUAGCCAACGUUACCUCAGCCACCUGGGACUUCGACGAUGAAGCAUUCGAUGAGAUCUCCGAUGAUGCCAAGGAUUUUAUCAGCAAUUUGUUGAAGAAAGAUAUGAAAAGCCGCCUGGACUGUACUCAGUGCCUUCAGCAUCCAUGGCUAAUGAAAGACACCAAGAACAUGGAGGCCAAGAAGCUCUCUAAGGACCGGAUGAAGAAGUACAUGGCAAGAAGGAAAUGGCAGAAAACGGGCAAUGCUGUGAGAGCCAUUGGAAGACUGUCCUCUAUGGCAAUGAUCUCAGGGCUCAGUGGCAGGAAAUCAUCAACAGGAUCACCAACCAGUCCCCUCAAUGCAGAGAAACUAGAAUCUGAAGAAGAUGUAUCCCAAGCUUUCCUUGAGGCUGUUGCUGAGGAAAAGCCCCACGUAAAACCCUAUUUCUCUAAGACCAUCCGUGAUUUAGAAGUUGUGGAGGGAAGUGCUGCUAGAUUUGACUGCAAGAUUGAAGGAUACCCAGACCCUGAGGUCGUCUGGUUCAAAGAUGACCAGUCCAUCAGGGAGUCCCGCCACUUCCAGAUAGACUACGAUGAGGAUGGGAACUGCUCUUUAAUUAUUAGCGAUGUUUGUGGGGAUGACGAUGCCAAGUACACCUGCAAGGCUGUCAACAGUCUUGGAGAAGCCACCUGCACAGCGGAGCUCAUUGUGGAAACCAUGGAGGAAGGAGAAGGGGAAGGGGAAGAGGAAGAGUGAGACGAAGGCAGAAGGAAGCUGUUUCUAAGUCGUAUUAAAAAGACUUUUUCUCUAAAGCUC